GAGAGCAAGCUACGCGUUUGUUGACAGCAGUUUACUGACCGCAAGUGUGAUCUUGUGUAACGUUUCGCACAAUUUAAGCGAGUACACUUUAUGACAACCUGAACAGCGGAUGCAAAACAAGUUGUAAAUGACUGAGCUGCCUGUAUUUUGAUGGACAGUGCCAGAGGAGGAAGAGGAGGCAAAAGAGGAAGAGGACGGAGAGGAAAUCGUGAUGGACAGGACAGAGAUGUCUCCCUGUCUAAAUCCAUGUCUUAUGUGCUUCGCCAUGGAGCCAACCAGAUGGGUCUUCAGAUGGGUACAGAUGGCUUCCUGUUCGUGGAAGAACUCCUUGCUCACCCGCAGUUCCGCUCAUACUCGGUGGAAGACAUUGAGAGAGUUGUGGCCACAAAUGACAAGCAACGUUUUAAGCUCCGUUCCCACCCAGAAGAUGGUCGGCUGCAGAUCCGAGCCAAUCAGGGCCAUUCAGUACAGGUUAUGGAUCUGGACCUGAAACCAGUUGUGGCUGGGUCUCUGGACUGCCCUGCAGAGGCUGUUCAUGGCUCUUACCUCCACAACUGGAGCUCCAUUCAGCAGCAGGGCUUGAGCCGCAUGAAGAGGACACACAUCCACCUGGCGUCAGGUCUGCCGGGGGAGGAUGGCGUCAUCAGUGGUAUGAGGAAAGACUGUGACCUUGCUGUGUUUAUUGAUGUCCCCAAAGCCCUAGCUGAUGGUAUUGAGUUCUUCUGCUCAGAGAAUGGUGUGCUGCUGACUGCAGGAGACACUGAGGGUAAACUUCUCCCUAAAUACUUCAGCCGAGCCCUACGACUGAGGCCUACAAGGAGCAUCCUUCCACUGCAGUAGCUGUACAGGAAACUGUUCUGUCAGUGGACUCAUUUGACCAUGUGAGCAUCCCAUGGUUAGUUGAUGCUUGUCUUGGUCCUUUGGUAGCAUUUGUUGUUCAGCAGCAUCCUAGUGCAGCUACUUUGAUGAGCGAUUGGUGAAUCCUUUAGAAACUGCUAAACCUUAGACUUGAAUUAAACAGGAUGUAUGAGAGAAGCAUCCAUUGUUAUUAUCUGGCAAUUCAACCAGAAUAUUCUGACAAAUGUUCUGCUUUAUUUAUUUAGGUGUAAAUAUCUGGUUUUCUCUAUCACUUUGUCUGUGCAACUCAACUAUGGCACACAAAGAUAUUUAACAGCCAGGCCUUUAAAUAAAGGACUCUUUGAAGGCA